GAAGAAGCUGCUCCCUCAGCAACCAUGAGCUUCUUCGGUUUUGGGCAGAGCGCCGAUGUUGAUAUAGUUCUCAGUGACGCAGAAACGAGAAAAAAAGCCGAGCACAAAAGCGAAGAUGGCAGGAAGGACAAGUAUUUUCUCUUCUAUGACGGGGAAACGGUGUCGGGGAAGGUGAACGUCACGCUCAAGUACCCGGGGAAGAGGCUGGAGCACAGCGGCAUCAAGAUCGAGUUCGUCGGCCAGAUAGAGCUCUACUACGACAGAGGAAACCACCAUGAGUUUGUGUCCCUUGUCAAGGACUUGGCCAGACCAGGAGAGCUCACCCAGUCUCAGACGUUUGACUUUGAGUUCACACACGUGGAGAAACCCUACGAGUCGUACACCGGCCAGAACGUCAAACUACGGUACUUCCUGAGGGCCACAGUGAGCAGGCGACUCAAUGACAUCUCCAAGGAGCUGGACAUUGUGGUUCACACACUGAGCACCUACCCAGAAAUGAACUCGUCUAUCAAGAUGGAAGUAGGGAUCGAGGACUGCCUGCACAUAGAAUUCGAGUACAACAAGUCCAAGUAUCACUUAAAGGAUGUGAUAGUUGGGAAGAUAUACUUUUUGCUGGUGAGGAUCAAAAUCAAACACAUGGAGAUUGACAUCAUCAAGCGAGAAACCACCGGUACUGGACCGAACGUCUACCACGAGAAUGACACCAUUGCCAAAUACGAGAUCAUGGACGGAGCGCCCGUCAGAGGAGAGUCCAUCCCCAUCCGCCUGUUCCUAGCCGGGUAUGAAAUGACGCCCACCAUGAGGGACAUUAACAAAAAGUACUCGGUGCGCUACUACCUGAAUCUGGUCCUCAUCGAUGAGGAGGAGAGACGCUACUUCAAACAGCAGGAAAUCACACUGUGGAGAAAAGGUGACAUAGUGAGGAAGAGUAUGUCACACCAGGCAGUUAUUGCCGCGCAACGCUUCGAAGGCUCCUCUCAUCCCGAGAGAAACCUGGCAGAGGGGGACGACAGCUAGAGGGCGCCAUCGUCUGGAGGAGCAGUGACCACGUUGUGGGCACGUUCCCAAUGUGAAUAUCCAAUAUGAGAAUGUAGCGCACUGUUUUUAAGCGGUGUGGGUACCUGUGCUUUUGUGUGUCAAGGGAAGCGAGGGAUGUGUUCCAGGCACCUUUCAGCGUCCGCUGGGUGGAGCUUACAACAUCCGCUCUGAACAGUUGGUUAGAUUUUACUUUCAAGUGCUUCGCUAAACAUCACUCUGUCGUUCCCACUGCUGGGACCAACAGUUAUACAUGUGUGUGUUUGUGUGUGUGGGAAUGAGCUGGACGUCGUGGCAGAGCAAGAUGAUGACACUGUGCAGAAAUACACGGCAAUUGAAAGAACAGAAGAUCCUGCUGUCUAAUGAUCAUGAUAAUGAUCGUCUGAGCAGGUUUGAUCACCAACAUUGAUCUCAGACUGAAGCCGUCCUUUCUCAAGAUCAUAGCAUUUUGUUGAGCCUAAAAGAUCAUACCCAGACUGGACAAAAUGUCACCCUGAAACUCCAAAUAUAUUGCCACUGCAGUGGAUGGGAAUGUGUGAGAACGUCAUUGAUUAUUCAAUAUAUUGACAAAUGAAAACUUGACAGCCUUAUAUAUUCACUGGCCAAUGACACAUUUAUGAACAAUCGGAACCACAGUAUUGACAAACUACAGUUGGAAGGUCAGCCACGUUUUAAAGAAAAUCAUGUGCCGCAAUUCUGUUUCCUAUUGCAACAUUACCAGCAUGUAUAUUUAUAAAAUGAAUCUAUUCCAUUACAUUCCAAAGUUUUCUUCAGGUCCAAUAAAGAUUCCCUUGUUACUUGUACAAACUGUAGUUGAAAGAAUAGCGCUUCAAAGAUUUGUAUUGACAAUUUGAAAACCGCAUUACCAAAGUCCACCCCCUGAACCCAGUGUUUAAAAACAUACCAGUAAACACACCAACAGAAAAUUCUUAAGAACUUACCAAAGUUAAGUGAUAUUUUUGCGCCCUACAACCGUCCUCCAUCAGGAAAUAUGGAAGCUGACCAUGCAGAACGAAAGGGCGAGAUGUUGCUGCAGGCUUGAUGAAAAUGUUCCUCUUGAAGUCGGACAUCAGCCCAAGUUCAGCUGCGAGUGAUCUCGCUCAAUUUUUUCCAAAUCUGGAGUCGGAUCUCUGUGAAGCCUGAUGAGCUCCCAGCAAAUCAUAGAAAUUUCUGAUCUUCUUCCGGCACUAACGCAAGUUUGAUUUUCAAAUAGUUUUUAAUUCAUCACACCUCACAGAACCAAUGACCCAAACUUGCCAAAUAUGAAUCGAUUCAAUAGUGAAUCCCAGUCAAUCAUUUCCUCUGCUGCCUGUCAGUAGGAAGGUCAAGUCCUGCUCAGCCCGUGAGCUUUAGACCAGUCAUUGCAGUUUGUAAGUCAUUCCUGUGUUUGUGUGCAUUUUCUCAGGUUGCAUGUUCAAAACGCGACAAAGAAUUGCUUAACUGCACGUGAGAGAUUGUCUGUGAUUGACAGGGCUUCUCUCCAGAGUGUCCCCACUUCAUGUCCACCAAUGUCAUUCUGAUGGACUUCAACUGCCACAGCUACAGAAAUAGGCAGGACGUAGAUGCAUAUGAAAAUGCACUCUAGCUGCAGAGGAGAAAAGUUCAGCAGUAUAUUUUCAGUGACACUUGUGUCCUCCAACGUUCACCUAAUGGCAGCGCAGCAUUGACUGACUGCUGCUGAAUGCUGAAUUCACCACACUGUUAGUUGUUGAUGUGGACUCCAGUUACAACUUCUAGUAAGGUCUUUCUCAUGAACUCCACCAUACAUCCGAUAUUGAUAUUUUCCAACAAUAACAUCACCUUUAGCUGUAAUUACUAUCUAUCUAUAUAUAAGGUAUAAACCCUGGUGACACCUUACACCGUGACUGAUAUUUAGGGAACGAUUGCAGCAAAACUGUGGAGUCGGAUUAUGAGCAAAAGAUCAAAGGAGUGACUGAGUGGCCAAAUGUAGCUAAAAUGAGUUUCUGUUUGCAACAUUCCUGUUUGGUUUAUCUUAGGGUUCUCUUGUUAUUAUACUAAUCGUGACCCAUUUGUCACAUCUGAAUAUUACUAUUGUUGUCAACAAAUUAUCUUGAAUAUUUGUCCAUUUUGUUAAUGAUUAAAUAAUCUGUAAUGUGUUCUGGUUUCGCACUGAAGUAGGGAGUGACUGAAAACAUCAGGUCAUAAACUUGGAGCAGAACAAUUUUGAAGUUAGAGCUUUUAGAUGUAACCCACACGGAUUAGCCAUAAAAUUAUAACCAGCUGCCUAAUGUUCAGUUGGGCCCCUCUUGACCAAAAUGUGCCACUGUGCGAGUGAGGAUGGUAUUUUUCAAGCAGUUGAUGUUUUCCCUCGACAUCCCCAUAUUUGUUAUAUUGUCAGUGACUGUGUACAGUAGCUGCACCCUGUCCCUGACUUCAAGUGCCAACAAUGGAGAUCAAAACUGGACAUGUUUUUCCUGGUUCAAAAUGCUACGUCUGAUUGGUGUAUACGUGUAUUAGAAGUCAUGCGAUGAUCAACAUAAGCAUAGGGCUGCUAUUGUCAGACUUGUUCGUGCCUCAGAUAGCUUUCUUUGGUUGUAGCUGUCUGCUGGUCCAAUAAGAAAGCAGCAGCGUUAUCAUGAGGAUAUCUUGUAUUUCAUUAAAGUAAAAUAGAUGAAUUCUGAAAUACUGGAGGAUCCUCAAUGGUUUUAUAGAAUAAAGUUCUAUCUAUUAACAGUC